UCGCAGCUAUAAUUAAACUGUUAAUAAUACAUACAGUUGGAUGUUGUGAUUACUUUUCAAUUAAUAUUCGAUAUUAUGAGAUGACAUAUAAUAUGUCCUUGUAUUCGAGGUUAGAAUAUAUUAUAAAUCUAUAGAAGAUUAUUACUAGUUAAAUACAAUCGGUGAUUGUAGAAGAAUAUCAUCAGAGUGUCAUGGCGUGACAUAAUGACAGAACGUACAUUUCUGACCGACGAAUUCGGUACUAAAUUUAAUAUGUGGGGUGGAUUUCGUUAUAACAGGGGCUUCCUAAUAUUGUUCCUGAUUCAUGUUAUUGCAUUUCAAUGUUUUAUAUAUUAUCAAGAGCGUUAUAAAUGGCAAGAAUUAAGAAACACGCUGGAGUCAAUAAUUGUUGAACAACGAGAUAUAUAUGGGUUAACAUAUAGUGUAAUUAAGAGAUUAGAGGGACAUAAUAUGCUCAAUGGAGGAAAACAGGAUCUCACAAAGAAACCUACUAUUUAUGCCAUCACUCCCACAUUUACCAGACCUGUACAAAAAGCUGAACUAACACGAUUAUCGCAGACGUUUUUGCAUAUACCAAAUUUUCAUUGGAUCGUUGUCGAAGAUGCGGAAAGAAAGACGAAUCUUGUUACACGAUUUUUAGAGAAUAGUGGUUUAAUUUAUACGCAUUUAUCUGCAAUAACUCCACCUAAUUAUAAAUUAGGUCGAAAUGAUCCGAAUUGGAAAAAGCCGCGUGGAGUCGAACAACGAAAUGCGGCAUUACGAUGGCUUCGAGAAAAUCUUAAAUUAACUGACAAAGGAAUAGUAUAUUUUGCAGAUGAUGACAAUACGUAUUCGAUUAAAUUAUUUCACGAGAUGGAAAAAAUAAAUAAAGUCGGCGUUUGGCCAGUGGGUUUAGUUGGUGGUUUAAUGGUUGAGAAACCGAUAUGUGAUAAUAUGACUAAUACAAUAAUUGGUUUUAAUGCUGCCUGGAAGCCAGAUCGUCCAUUCCCAUUAGAUAUGGCAGGUUUUGCAAUCAAUUUGCAACUUUUAUUAGAAAAUAAAAAUGCUGUUUUUUCAUAUGACGUUCAAGGUGGAUAUCAGGAAAGUGAAAUUUUGUCUCAAAUCAUCACUAGAAAGGAAUUGGAACCAUUAGCAGAUUGUUGUACAAAGGUGUAUGUAUGGCAUACACGAACAGAACCGCCACAAUUAAAUGUGGAACAAAUGUUAAUAAAGAAAGGUAAACAUUCGAAUAUAGGGAUUGAAGUGUGAUAAUAAUAUUAGAUUGUAGUAUAUGUUGCAAUUAAAAGAGCCUACAAGGUUAGAUACAUAAAAAUAUUGCAAAAGUAAAUAUUAUUACGUUCGCUAUGUUAUAAAAAAAAAAUAAAUUUUAUAUACAUUUUUCAUUAACAUUCAGCUACGUAUUUUUAAAGUAAGAAAAAAUGCAGUGCCAUGACAGGUAAUAGCUUAUAAUUACAUAUUCGAUAAGGAUAUUAUAGAUAUAUAUGAUACCAAUGAAUUUUAGAUAGAAUAUGUUUAUUAAUGCAUGAUAACAUGGUGGCCUGAAUGACAUAUUUUUAAGCUUUAUUUUAAUCUAUAAAUCGAUCGCUUUUUAUACUUUUAACGCGCCUAUUAGUACGAGUUCCUUUUAUUUUAUACCGCAAAAUGCGCGUUAAUUUUUAAAAAUAUAAAGAAGAAAUAGUGCUCGAAUAAAUAAAAUUUUUACGUUAAAAAAAAAUGGAAUAAAAAAAAUGUCCAGACGUGAAUCAUUUGACCUUAAAAAUGUUCUUUAUCCUUUAUUAGUCGAGUACGUUUCCUUGACGCGUACAGAAAAAGCAUACAUAAAAAAUAUGCCUUAUACCUACGAACUUUAAUAAUAUUUGUAAUAUUUUUUAAAUUGGAAGAUGCGCAAUAAUACUUUUCAAGGGAAGCUACUUGGGUUACGGAUUUUGGCAACGAAUAUAAAAUAGCUAGAUAGAAACAUGUCUUUUCCUUCUCAUCAAAUUGCCAAUUUUUGAUUCGAUGAGGAAUUAAAUACUGUAUAACGAUUACAAUGAAUAAUCCUUCAUUUUUUUCUUUUUUUUCGAAUAUAUAUAUAUUUCUCGUGUAUAAUCGUGUACUCGUUGACUUAUAAGCUAAUAAGUACUAUAUAUUUGGCAAAACUCUGUGUUUACGGUACGUAAAAAAGCUACCAAUGCAGAAAGUGUGUUCGCAAGUAAGGAUAAUUUUUAAUUUAUUUUUUUUUAUAGGAUAUAACUUUUUUAAAUAAAUAUACACAUGAUUAAUUAUUAUUUGCAAUUCAUAUUUACUAGUCUUUUUGUUUCUCUUUUGUUUUGCGAACGCACCUUCCAAUCUCGCAUACAACAUUCUAAUCUUACCAAACUCUUUUAAACUUAUUUCCAAUAUUUCUUAAAGUUUAGGAAAAACGUUUACAAGCAUUUACAAAAACU